UACGAGUGGUAUCUGAGAGCUUGGGUAGCGAUGGACCGGCUUGCACCUUAUGGCAAUGAUCCCUUUGAUAAACCACCAUGUCGUGGAUGUUCUUCCUACCUCAUGGAACCAUAUAUUAAAUGCGCUGAAUGUGGACCUCAAGAAUUUUUUCUCUGUUUACAGUGCUUUUCUAGAGGCUUUGAAUAUAAGAAGCAUCAAAGUGAUCACAGCUAUGAAAUAAUGACUUGUGAUUUUCCUGUCUUGGAUCCCAGUUGGACAGCUCAAGAGGAAAUGUCGCUACUCGAGGCAGUGAUGGAUUGUGGAUUUGGAAACUGGCAAGAUGUUGCCAACCAGAUGCGAACAAAAACAAAAGACGAUUGUGAAAAACACUACAUGAAGCAUUUUAUUAAUAACCCACUUUUUGCAAGUACGCUACUCAGUUUGAAGCAGGCAGACGAGGAAAAGAAUGCAGACACAGCGAUUCCAUUCCAUGCUGCUGAAGACCCACCAAGACCAACAUUUGAGUCAUUGCUUUCUAGGGAUAUGGCUGGAUACAUGCCAGCAAGGGCGGAUUUUAUUGAGGAAUUUGACAAUUAUGCAGAAUGGGACUUAAGAGAUAUUGAUUUUGUUGAAGAUGAUUCGGAUAUUUUGCAUGAUUUAAAAAUUGCAGUUGUCGACAUCUAUCAUUCAAGAUUAAAAGAGAGACAGAGAAGAAAAAGGAUUAUAAGAGAUCAUGGCCUUAUAAAUCUCAGAAAAUUUCAAAUUUUAGAAAGAAAAUAUCCCAAAGAUGUUCAAGAACUUUAUGAAACAAUGAGGAGAUUCGCUCGGAUUUUAGGACCAUUGGAACAUGACAAAUUUAUUGAGAGCCAUGCACUGGAAUUUGAGCUGCGUAGAGAGAUUAAACGUCUGCAGGAGUAUAGAACUUCAGGAAUCAAAACUUUUUGCAGCGCAAAAAUAUAUGAUAGGCUAAAGAAGUCCCGUGAAGAAGAACGCAUGAAACGAAAUAUGCUUUCUGAAGUCCUUCAGUAUAUUCAAGAUGGCAACGCAUGUCAGCAAUGGCUAAAACGGCAAGCUGCUAUCGACUCUGGUGUACAUCACAUUGCACCUAUUGUUUCCAGUUCAGGUAGACGCAGUGCCCCUCCUCUUGAUUUAACAGGACUUCCUGGUACAGAAAAGCUGAAUGACAAAGAGAAAGAGCUAUGUCAGAUGGUGAGAUUAGUCCCUGGAGCCUACCUAGAAUACAAAGCCGCUUUAAUGAACGAAUGUAACAAGCAAGGAAGUUUACGGCUGGCACAGGCUCGCGCUCUUAUUAAAAUAGAUGUAAACAAGACCCGUAAAAUAUAUGAUUUUCUACUACGAGAAGGAUUUAUUAUUAAGCCUCAUCCCUAACUGGAAGACUGGUGAGAACUUCUAGAUCACCAUUGCAAUGCCGUUCAAAAAUGAAGUACAAAAGAACUGGUUAUGUUCCUUAUUUAAAAAAAAGUGUUGCCUAUGUACUUGUGUUUAUUGGACUGUGUAUAUCCAUUACAGUCUAGCAACUUGAAGUGACAGAUACAUUGCUACAAAAGACUUGUGUCAAGUUUACUGUAAAAACUGUAAUUGUUGGUCAUUGUUUAAUUUAACUGUUUGUUUUUAAUUGUCAAACGUGUUGUAUUUUUAUCACUUUAUAACGUAGUGACAAUUUAACAUUAGUAAAAUCAAGAUGUAUUCCUGUUAUUUGGUUCAAGAUACACUACCUUUUUAGAUGUUUAUUUAAAAAUAUAAUAAGGUUAAAUAAUUUAUUGUAUAAUAAAGUAUUUUUUCCCCUCUGGAUCCACUUGACUCAUCGGGAACCCAAAAACAGUGAGGAUUUCAAGAAACCCUAACAUUUUCUCCCCUUUAAUUUGAUCCCAAUGAUCCAUUUUACCUGCUGGAGUGUAUUAAAUUGUUUACAAAUCGA